CCACACUCUCGAGGUGGGUCGUCGUCACCAACGUGGCAGCCGACACGGAGUCCAUCGGCACCGCGGGCCCAGCGACGGAGGGGUCGGCGACCGCAAUGGCCGCCGGCAAUAAAGGUGGUCACCACCACGACCAGCCCAGUUCGGCAGUCGUAGCUGCUGGAGGGACUUCAUCGUCACAUCAAGCCACAACUUCUUCUACCACGCAGCAGAAGCAUUUGUGGAGCAAGCUUGCGUGCGCGCGCCGUGCCAGCGUCUGGAUGAUGGAGCCCCCGGGAGGUAGUUCUCGCAACAACAUGAAAACUCCUGGAACGAUCCUCGAGCAGCUUGAUCCUGAGGAAGAAGAAAAGCAGCUGCGCGAGAAGCGGGGGAACAGCUUUGAGUCCUGCUGCUGGAAGGCCAACGGCCUCACCAUCGGCUACACGCUUUACCUUUCGACAUGGCACCAGUUGAUGCUGCAAGUGAUAGUGCCGAUUCUGCACCGGUAUCGAGACAGCGAGGAGUUUGCGGAACUCGCCGUGCCAGCGGAGGAGGACCACCAGGGCGUUUGUUCUACGGAAGUAGUCCCCUCGUGGCAGUGGUGCGAGGAUGGGCAGGUCGAGGUGGAGUACCUGUAUCCACCCAUGGCAGCUGGAAUGAACUCGUCCCCGACGUCCGUGCGGAAGUCGAAAACAAGCGCAAGGAACGGCUUGGUCUGGAUUGGAAAGACGAUUGUGCCAACACUGGAAUACUUCCGCAACCACCUACUACGUUCUUCGUCAGCGCCGGACACCAGUAAUUCAGGCCGCGGCAGCGACAGUGUAGUAGGGUACCACGGGUCCACCUCUGGAUCACCGGAUGCAAUGACGAAAAUCAAGUCUUUAGGCCGAGUGGGAGAAGAUGAGCCGGCGGACUUUGUCAACAACAGCCCGAUCAUGCCUGUCAUCAAGAAGCAGACCACAAUUGCGCGACAGAACCGCUUGUUUCCUAUGUCGUUGUCUUUACUGGAUUCCAUUUUGGAGUUCCGCAAGUACGAACGGGGCGAGGUACUGCAAUCGCAGAACGGGAUCCUCAUGCUUUUACCGGGGGCACGCGCGGAUCUCUACGCGGACGAAGUCGUGCAUUUGAAAACGGUGGACUUUCCCGCGACAGUGGGCUUGGGCCAGGCGUUUCGUGCCAUCUUCAAGGUUACAGCGGAGACCGCGUCGGGUGGAUCCUACGCACAGCAGGACAAGUUCAUUCCCCACGCUGAGCAAGAGAACAGCGGCGCAACAGCGAGGCAGAACAGCAGUCAGACACCGCCGCCUAUGCAGAUGAGCGCUCGGCUUCGUGAGUACAAUGCGCUAAUGGAACGAGAUCUCGCCUCGGACCUGAAGCUGGUUGCGGCGGACACCUGCGAGACGCUGUUCGUAAGUCAUGCGAGUCUGCUAUUGGUCGCCGCUCUCCAUGGGCAGCCUGCCGGUCCUCACGAAGGCGUUCCUGCCUCCAGAGGAGCAGAUCAUAUCGUCGAGAAGAUGGCGUCGACUAAGGCCGCAGCAUCGCCCGGAAAAUUGUCUACGCACCCAUUUUCUGAAGAGUCGCCCCUGACGCUGUUGCGGAUGGUCGAUGAGAUUUCCCCCUCCCUCCGACAGAAAGUGUAUGGAGACUCUCCGCGCAUGGCUAUGUUGGCCAAGGGAACCAAAGGAGCCGCGGGAAUGCACAGGAGUCCAGGCGGGAACAAGGUGCAUUCACCCUACUACGGAUCGCCUAAGCUACGAGCGGAUAAGGGAAUCAAGACGGUGGAACCGCUGCGGACAUCCCCCGCUGGUUUUGAAGCGCGAACCCGAGCCUUACUGGGAUCCGACAGAGCGGACACGGGUGAUCGGCUCUUUGAGGCUCUGCCCCGUCGCCCGGCCUGCAUCGAAGGACGAUUCCUUUUUUCCUCGCCGAGAAACAACCUUUUCAUCUUGCCAGAGAACCACGAGUAGAGCUGCGGGGCGAAUUGCGAUCCAUUUAUUUGUAAAAGAGCUUUUCUUGCUUAUUCUUCGACGACCCUUGUUUUGUAUCAAGCCAUGCCGCCUGUCAUCGUGACGUGCCAUUCCUCCUCAGUAAGCUAAGAACCAUCUCAAUUCUUCACAUGCUUGAGCAGUACAACUCCAGAUUUAGUGUAAGAUCUAUGCUGGUACAUGAGUAAGUUAGAAUUAAACGUCUAAACAAUGUAAAUGUAAAAUCCGAUUGCAACUGUGGCCGACGGUCUGUAAAAGGCUGGAAACUAUGACGUGAACAUGAAAUAAAUUACAGAGGCCUAGAAAACUCGAUGCAAACGUACGCAUCGAAUCUGAUGCCCAACGAAUGCUACCAAGUGAAGAAUGCAAGAAGCACAAAGAUGAAAGGUACGACUCAUCAAUUAACUCAACGACUACAAGAAUCUUUGUCCUCAGAUAAAGAACUCGUAGCCCGCCAGCACAUGGGCAUGGGGC